AUGGAGACAUCAAGAACGACUCCUUACUCGGUGGUGUCGGAGUUUGAAGGAGCAUUACUGAAAAACAAGGAUUCGUUCUCUUACUUCAUGCUCUUGGCCUUUGUUGCCUCUGGUCUGAUUCGUUUCACCAUCUUGCUGUUUCUCUGGCCUAUCAUCAAACUCCUUGACGUUUUCAGCUACCAAAACGCCGCUUUAAAGCUCAUGGUUUUCGUAGCCAUGGUUGGUCUCCGCGAACGGGUUUUGUGCAAAACAACCCUCAAACUAAAUUCUUUUUGCAAAUCAAACCCUCAAUUUAAAGUUGUGCAAAUCAAACAUAUGAAGUCAAAAUAA